CGUGCCGCCGCCGCCGCCCGCCCGCUCCGUCGCGCGCCUUCGCCAUCAUCGCCGCGCGCCGCGUCCCGGGAGUGACGCGCGGGCUCCGGCACCGCCAGCAUGGAGGAGGCGGGGGCGGCCCCGGCCCCGGCCCUGGCCGAGCUGCGGGCGGACGAAUGUUAUGCUGACUUCUUCAGAGAAGACUUUGAUGUGAAAGCUUACACUUCCCAGUCUAUCCAUCAGGCUGUGAUAGCUGAGCAACUGGCAAAACUUGCGCAAGGUAUUAGCCAGUUGGAUAAAGAGCUGCAUUUACAAGUUGUUGCAAGACAUGAAGAUCUAUUGGCCCAAGCAACUGGAAUUGAAUCCUUGGAAGGUGUCCUCCAAAUGAUGCAAACUAGAAUUGGUGCUCUACAAAGUACUGUUGAUAGAAUUAAAGUCAAAAUUGUUGACCCCUACAACAAAAUAGUGUCUCGCACAGCUCAGCUAGCAAAACUUCAAGCUGCCUGUGACUUGCUGCGCAGGAUAAUACGCAUCUUGUAUCUCAGUAAGAGACUUCAAGGACAACUGCAAGGAGGAAGCAGAGAGAUAACAAAAGCUGCCCAGAGUCUCAAUGAACUUGAUUAUCUUUCUCAAGGGAUAGAUCUGUCUGGAAUAGAAGUAAUUGAAAAUGACCUGCUUUUUAUUGCAAGAGCUCGGCUUGAGGUGGAAAACCAGGCUAAAAGGUUGCUUGAGCAAGGUGUUGAGACUCAGAAUCCUACUCAAGUGGGAACUGCUCUUCAGGUUUUCCAUAACCUUGGGACUUUGAAGGAUACCAUUGCUAAUGUGGUGGAUGGAUACUGUGCAGUUCUGGAGGAGAACAUAAAAAAUGCUUUGGAUAUCAAAGUAUUGACCCAACCAUCUCAAACUGUUACAAGAGGUGGCCCAGGUAGAGCUGCUAUGCCAACACCUGGGAACACAGCAGCUUUUCGAGCAGCCCUCUGGACAAACAUGGAGAAACUCAUGGAUCAGAUCUGUGCUGCAUGUGGACAGGUGCAGCAUUUGCAGAAAGUAUUGACAAAGAAAAGAGAUCCCGUGUCACAUGUCUGCUUCAUAGAGGAAAUAGUUAAGGAUGGCCAGUCUGAUAUUUUGUACAAAUUUUGGACUGCAGUAACUCAGACACUUUCCUCUCAGUUUCAGUCAGCAACAGACUCCUCUAUGUUUUUGAAACAAGCAUUUGAAGGAGAAUACCCUAAAUUGCUGAGGCUUUAUAAUGACUUGUGGAAGCGCCUCCAACAAUAUAGUCAAAAUAUUCAGAGGAAUUUUAACACAAGUGGAACUACUGAUCUUUUUGCUGAGCUACAGCAAAUGGAAGAAGAUGCACAGGACAUAUUCAUACAAAAAAAUGAAGAUUACGAUCCAGAAAAGGCCUUGAAAGAUUCACUGCAACAAUAUGAAGCUGCUUAUUUGUCAAAAUCCUUGUCUCGACUCUUUGACCCCAUCAAUCUUGUCUUCCCUCCUGGAGGUCGGAAUCCUCCCUCUUCUGAUGAGCUUGACAGCAUCAUUAAAACUAUAGCCAGUGAGCUAAAUGUGGCUGCUGUUGAUCCAGACCUGAGUUUAGCUGUGGCAAAAAAUGUGGCAAAGACCAUUCAGCUUUACAGUGUAAAGUCUGAGCAGCUUCUGUCUACUCAAGGAGAUGCCAGCCAGGUGAUUGGGCCACUCACAGAGGGACAGAGGAGGAAUGUGGCUGUAGUUAAUUCGCUGUACAAACUGCACCAGUCAGUUCUGAAGGUCGUUACCAAUCAGAGCUCAUUUCCAGUAGCCGCUGAGCAAACAGUCACAACUGCCUUAAAGGCAGUCCAUGAUCUAAUGGGUAGUGCUGUUCAGCCGUUACUGAACUCAGUGGGAGAUUCAGUGGAAGCUAUUAUCAUCACUAUGCACCAGGAAGAUUUUUCUGGAUCAUUAUCCGGCUCAGGAAAACCAGAUGUCCCUUGUUCUCUCUACAUGAAAGAGCUACAGGGUUUUAUAGCAAGAGUCAUGAGCGACUACUUUAGACAUUUUGAGUGUUUUGACUUUGUCUUUGAUAACACUGAAGCCAUGGCUCAAAGAGCAAUUGAACUUUUCAUUCGCAAUGCCAGUCUAAUAAGGCCCCUCGGUGAAGGUGGGAAGAUGCGUCUUGCAGCGGAUUUUGCACAGAUGGAGUUAGCAGUAGCACCGCUGUGUCGGCGAGUCUCUGACCUAGGAAAAUCUUACAGACAGCUGAGGUCAUUCAGACCACUGCUGUUCCAGACCAGUGAGCAUAUUGCCAGUAGCCCAGCUCUGGGAGAGGUUAUUCCAUUCAGCAUUAUUCUUCAGUUCUUAUUUACAAGAGCACCACCAGAGUUAAAAUCACCCUUCCAGAGGGCUGAGUGGUCCAUUGCCCGUUACUCCCAGUGGCUUGAUGAUCAUCCAUCUGAAAAAGACAGGCUUGCUCUCAUACGUGGUGCACUGGAAGCUUAUGUUCAAUCAGUCAGAACAAGAGAGGGGAAGGAAUUUGCACCAGUCUACCCCAUAAUGGUUCAGCUGCUGCAGAAAGCCAUGUCAGCCCUUCAGUGAGCACACUUGGAUAACGCUCUCGACAUACGGAAUGGACACGUUCACAGUCGGGGGUCUUUGGUGCCACAAAUGUAUUUACAGUUCAUGUAAAUUAUUCCCAAAUACAGAAGCUUUACAAUGAAACGUGUUUACCUACUUCAUCUCUGAAACUUGUCUUCUUGCUUUACUUUCACAUUACAGGAACUUAUACAGAAAUAUUAUAAGGAAAUUGUACAACUUUUAUGUGCUGUAAGUCUACAUCUAAUUGAAACAUUCUUAAGCAUUCCUUUUGAAUUUAGAAAAGUGUAAAAUUAGAAGUCAAAUAUUACAGUAUAAUUGCUGAAUAUCUCAAAUAAGGAAGCAGCUCUUUUCCUACAAGUAUGGUUUUAAACAGUUGGAUACAUUUUAGCCUUAUUCAGAAAACUGAACUUAUGAAAUGCUAGAAUCAUCAGUUUCCAUCUAAAAAUCACUAAUUUUAACAGAAGGAAAAAUAUUUAUAACUAACCUAAAUGAUUCUCUACUGCACUGCUACUUGCUUAGAAAUAAUUUAUAUUUAUUUCAACUCUCUUUUUGCUUAAGCUGUAAUAAAGAACAUUGACUAUUGAAUCCGGAAAUCAGUAUUUGAAAUUCUUCAACAUCUUCCUAAUGGUAAAGCAUAAAAAUAUAUUUUGGAUGGGUUCAUGUAGAGACUUCCAGGCAGAACAUGCUCACUGCUGCAGGGUUGAAUUAGUGAUUGGUCUUCUUCAUUUUAUAAAAUACACAACACCAAAUUUUAAUGAAUUUAUUUGAAAUAAUAUACAAGAAUAUAGUGUGCAAAAAUCUUAGGGGCAACAUCAUGUAGACGUGUCAUAAACUGAAAUUUACAGUUGUGAUUCUUAAAAAAAAAACAACGCACAGCUGUUUAGUACAGGAAAAGCCAUGAUUGUAAAAGUUCACAGCAGAAGCAAAUUGUAAUCCUAAUGCAGCUGCUCUAAUUUUAGACAGUUGGAGGAGAAAAAAAAGUAAAGUGCAAGUGUUGCACGUAUAGUUAAGUGCAAAGUUUGCCCCCACCAUAAAGAUGUCUUAUGGCAAAAUAAAAUAUUGUAGAAUAUGUGGCAAAGACAAAACACAGAGUUAUAACUAUGAUGGUGAUGGUAUCAACAGCACCAUUUUUCUUGAGAUAACGUUAUUUUUUCAUUCAUCCUCUCCCAGGCCAUUGUUUCCACCAUGAAAUGACAGCUCUCACUAGUGCCAGCUGAUGCAAAAAUAUCUCCCUUGUGGAUACAGGUUUUAUAAGUGGCAUCCCAAGCAGCAGCUCCUUUGCUACAUCACACCAUGCUCUCCAUUCCCACACGUUCUGGUAACUUGCUGGCAGCGGGGCAGGCUGGGAAGCUGGAGACUGAUAAUACACUUUGCCAUUUCAGAAAACCCCAGGCCCCAGAAUUGCAAUUAAUAAUAUGGUUGUGCAAUACAUAUUAAUCAGCAAUAAGAAUCAAUGUAUAUAAACAGCUGUUACAUAUUUUAAAAUUCCCCUUUUUGUACAUUUUCUUUUAAAAAUAAACAUUUAUACACA